AUGCAAGGUCGUAGGCUGCAUAAUCGUACGUGGUUGCCGCUAACUCAUGCACGGAACUGUGAAAAUUCCGAUGCAUCGCUCACAUGGGUGCCAAGGAAGGUUGUUUCAACAUUAUGACUAGGGAAGAUUGCCCAAUUAACAUGGUUUUAGUAAAAUAAAAAGUAUCCGGCUUUACGAGAGGAUCAAAGCCGAUAGAGAGAUGAACCGUUUACCGAGUCUACUUCUCCAGGAUGUGUUGAGAAUGAACAUAUCGCAUGAUUGCAGGGGCCCCGCCCCCGUCAAUAACACGCACAAUUCAAAGCAGAAAGAACAGUUUGAUCCAGGUUUUGUGGGCAGGUUCUUGUCCGACACAACGCGACUGCUCUCAACGAUUCAGAGUCGCAACGCCGAAAAACAAAGAAUGGAUAAAACAAAACAAGCCGUUGUAAUAUUUUCCUGUCGCCUGUUAAGAAAAAAUGAAAAUCUCUCCCUGGUGAUCUAAAACUCGACGUUGAACUUGUACUGCGCCGACUUGAUGCCGACCUUCUGGUUAGGCGCGAGGCUGUCGACGACGAGCGAGCACAUGACGGACACCGUCAUCUUCCUCAGGUCCACGGCCCCGGCCAGCCGCAGCACCACCGGCACCUUCACGUACACCUCCAGGGGGAUCCUACCCGAGCGGCGGCUCUCCAUGAGCGCCUGCUGCACCCCGCUACCCAGUGCGCUCUCCCCGCGCAGCAGUACCUCGAUUGUGGUGGUGUUCUGGUGGCCCUGGAAGAAGGCCGGCAGCUCCCCGGCGCACAGCCGUGCGCCGCGGUACGCCACCGCCACGGAACCGCCCGAGCCAUAGGCAAUGGCGAUGCGCGCAUUGGGGUUCUCGGCGCGCACGCUGGCGUGGAGUUCGGUGCGGAGGGAGAGGUCGGGGAGGACGUCGAAGGCGCCGACGUUGAGGUGGGAGACGGUGUAAGACGGGGACUUGGGGUCGACGGCGAGGAAGAGGAAGAGGAGGGAGAGGAGGAGGGCGAGGAGGAGGGAUAGGAGGCAGCAGCAGAAGAGGGCGGCGCAGCCGCAGGAGCAGGCGCCGCCGCCGCCGCUGGCCUUGCUGGAGUAGUAGCGGGGGAGGUUGCGGCGGCCCGGGGGGGGUUGAAGGGUGCCGUUGCCGACCUCGGAGAGCAUGACGUACCUCGGCGGACCCGGUUGGCCAUAGGCCGACGGGUCCAUGGCGUGCGCCCUGUGCUGGUGAUAGUUCAUCAAUGGCGGAUGAGAGAAAGCAGGGGAAGAAUGGCGAGAGAGAGAGAGAGAGGUAACGGAAAGGACCCUCCUCCCGUCUGAAGUGGGGCUCAACAUGUGUCCAGGAAGGGAUGGCAGUGGUUUCGCGUACAAGUCUGUUGCCGAGGAAUGGACCACAGUUUGCAACGGGGCCGAAGACCCAUUUUGGCUCCCUCUCUCUCUCUCUGUCUCUCUCUCUCAGAGGCUAGGACUCUUCUAAACCGUUAGAAAAGGAGGUCAUUCCAAACGACGUAGGAAACGUGAAAUAAAUAUCUCUACCGGGUUCUCAGCAACAGCGUUAUAGAAAACCUUCGAUUCCAUUUGCAUCAAAAUAUUUAAACUUUUACCAUAAAAUAUAACGGAAAAUAGUAUUUUUUAUUCAUUUGCUCGGAAAAAUUCAUAUUCAUCUUCACAUCCCUCGCUCGUUAUUUUUUCUUUUGGCGAAUUCACUUAGAAACCCUGAAAAAUUCGACUUAGAAAGACGUCUCGAGAUUAAAAAAAAAACCUAAGAAAUUUUUUGAUGCAAAAAAAAAAAACUGAUAAUCUUCUGUCCACCAUGAAAAGGGUCUCAGGGGGUAGUCAGGGGUUCAAAAUGGGAUUCAUUGAGUGAUUGACGGCAACUAUGAUGGGUUUCUUCUAAUGGUAGGAGGUUUCUGCGGGUUUACUAUUAAAUCUAGCAAAAAAUGUGGGCUUUUCCUUAAUUGAGAGAGUUGUAAUGGGUUUGGAACUAAGAAGCCCCUUUGAUUUCUGCCAGCGAGUAAAGAGUGAUGAUCAGUUUCAUCCAUGUGUAAGAAAGAAAAAUCCCCCUUCAUGAGAAAAUCAGGGAUACACAAGCAACAGAUGAAGAACAAAAACCUCAAGGCAAGGGGUUUUUCUUUUUGUCAGAUCUUUAUAGUUGCACCACUGUUCUUAUAAGAUGAGCAACUAAAUUUAUCACGAGUCAAACAAGAUGUAAAGCUGAUAAAAAAAAAUCAAUUAUAAGAAGCAUAAAUUUAAGAUCGCCAAUUCAUGAUGAACAGUUGAUUUCCUCAAAGAAUUAGUGAGGAAAGGACAUAAAUCCAUAGACCAAACAAAAAGAGAUCUUAACCCAUCGUCAGACUAGUAAUGGGAUCAGCAUUUAAAGGUUGCCUAGUUCAACUUCACAUGAGUGGACUCCAGAAUUCCGUUUAGUGUUGUUCAACCAAGAAGAGCAACAACCCAGUCAAAUCCUUCAGUGAAAAGGAUGCUGUCGUCCUUACCACAAUAGGGUGAGUGUAAUGGUAUUGAUGAGCCGCCUGUUAAUAAGCCAUCGCCAAUAAGUAUAAGGGAUGAAUAUUGCAGCAUUUUCCAGUUGAACGUGGUUGAAACUUCAGCCAUACAAUGCUCUCCAUGGCUCUUGCGACCUCGAUUUCUCUCUCUCUAUCCAGUUAGUCUUGCCCUUGGAGAAGCUUAAACCAGUGCAGUUUGCCAAGAACUCUCCAAUCCCAUUUACUCCCUGCAAAGAAAAACCCUGGUUAGGUGUCUUGUGAGGUCGCAGAUGCAGUGGCAAUAACUGGACAAACUGCUGUAGUGGAGCAAUCACAGAUACUCCUGCUAAUCAUUCAACGGGAGUUUCCGUUGUGAGAAGAGGACUUUUUAAAAAUAUAUAAUAUCCGAGGACAGAAUUUCAUGACUUAAUUAUACUUGAUUUUUAAAAUCUGUUCCAGGCCCAUGAAAGGCAAAACCAUGAAAUAGAGGAUGGUGUUUAGUGCGCAUCUGAUUAUCCUAAUCAUUUUUUUUUUAUGAAACCCAGAGAGACUCCUAGUCACCAUUACAAAAGCCCCCGGAGACUUGCAGAAGGCCAAGGCAUACUUUCCCCAUUUUCUUUCAUUCCAUUAGUGUAGGACAGGAGAUCUCACAUCUGAUUGGUUCAUGAAUUGGUAAAAUAUUAAGAAGUUAUUUUUCUUGAAAUCUAUGGCUGUGUUUUCUGAUAGCCAUGAUAGCUGGUAUCUAUUUCCUUGAACAUUAAUGACUCAGUUUUUGAAGAACAUGAUAUCUCUAUGACUGCUACCGACUUACUAUGAAUGCUAGAAAAAUGGAUGAACUAGGGUAAAAAGUUAUAAAACCUUUUCGCUAGAUUUUGACGAACGAGAUAUCUCUAAGAUACGUCUGCGACUAACUUACCCACAAAAAUUAUGAAUGGUUGAAAAAUGAAUAAACUAGGGUAAAAAGUUGUAAGUCUUAUAGGCUAGUCUCUCCUAUCUAGACAACCUCAGAGUAUUCGCCAUCUGAUUGUCGUGCUGCUCUUCACUAUUAGUCAAUGCCUCUCUCUAAACUAUGCUCCAUCCUGUCAAGGUGCUAGUUAAAAAGUGGUUACAUUAAAGUUUUGAGUUUAGAGCCGAAAGUAGAAGUAUGAUGCUGGAAACGGAUGGUAUGGAUCUAGUUAUCUGUUUCUGCCUGUCCCACUAUACUGUUAUGAAGGAAGGUCCCCCAGUAAGAUUACCUCUUCACAAUACAGACAACCUUACAUACAUCUCUAGCUUCUCCAAAGGCACCCUUACCUCUCAAAUAUUAUAACAAAACUCAAUAUCAGAACAAAGUUGAGCUGGAUAUGGCUGCGAUAGCAGAAGUUAUCUUCUUUUGGUGGUAAUUCUUACUGCCUCUUUGGUUCCAGUGAUGUUCCUCUAACUUCUACAAGGGCCAAAUUCCUCUACUUCAUCAUCUCCCUUUAGCCACUAUUUAUGAUCAUUUAGUCAGCGUAAAGAAUGAAUAACUUUAAAACGUUUUCCAAAGUUAGAAACAAUUUCUGUUCCCAGACUAAUUCAGGCUCCAAAGUCUAAAUUCUCUACCCAAAUAAUAUUUCCGCCAGAAGGAAUUUUCCCUAGAUCUAAUAGAAUACCAGAAAAAUGUUUGAGAUUGAGUGACAGGGAUCUUUUCGCCUCUUGUUCUACAUUUACAUGUUGUCCGGCCGGUGGAUAGAGCGGUUUCCGUGAUUUGCUCCGACCUACUAAUGGAUGCGAUUUAUAGGUCGGGGUCUAACAUUCAGUCAUGGUCCAUCAGAUUACUUAAUAACGUUGAUCAUUUUACAUAAAAAACACAAUAGAAUUAGCUUCAAGGAAACUAAUAUAAAUGGAUUCUUACAUAAACCGCUUGUAAAACUGCUAGAGAAAAGUAUCUGUGUCUGAAACUAAUUUCAUUUCUAGCUGUCAAUUUCAUUGAAAAACAUAAAAAAAGAUAGCCUCAUGAAAAAAUUAUUCUUGGAGAAGCAUAACAAAUAAAAUCAAUGUUGAAAGCAAAAGAACACUUUCUAUCUUCGGAAGUGUACCUUUUUCUCAAAAUACUUCGAAAUAUUUUACAAAUAGAAGAGCUCCUACAAAAUAGAGAAAAUAAGUACCUGAAUAUCCUCGGCUUUAGCAGAUAUAUCUGGUUGGCCAAUACUUGUACCAAUUAGAAGGGAAGGAAUAUUUAACACCCGAAUCAUCUGCAGUAAGCAGGCCGAUGUUUCACAACUGAGCCGCAAUGACGAAGGAGGUUUAGGGAUCCCGGACAACAUAGCCUGAGUUGUGUCGGUCACCAGGCCUAUUUCAACACCAAAAAUAGCAACUCUAUUGUCAAAGAGCUUUGGUUUCUUAGGCUCCUGACUGAUCUUCAGCGACGGCUGAAAGAUGGGAACUACGAUUAUCGGCAGUUCCGAGGAAUUUUCUGAUAUAACUGUUGCCAAGAUCUCAUUCACAGCGCAUGCAGCAACUGGUGGCUCAAAAUUUGGCACGAGUAUGAUUAAGACCUACAGUGAGGGACAAGAGUGGAAGAUUCUCAACAACCAAUCCAUCACAUAUAAAAAUGGUGAACGAAUUCAAUCUCCCACAGAACGCUAGGCUUAGUAAGGAAAUCCACAUCUCCACCAUCUCCGCCCAGAGUAAUAAAUUAAAGGAGAAGAGUAAUCAAUUUCCGGAAGUUUCACGAGAAUAAUGGAAGCAAACGGGAUAAAGGGUCGGAGGGAGGUGCCUGAGGAGAACCGCAACGAUCGUUGAAGUGAAUCAGAGAGCAAGACACUCCAGGAUCCUUAACACCGUAGUUCUCCAGCGAGAGCUGGAGGCUUGACUGUUCUCUGGAUCAAAAAAAGAGAGACAAAAUGAGGGCGUCGAGCGACGAAGAAAUUUAGCAAAAAACCUUCAACAAGGUCCGAAUCGCUCAGAAGGAAGACGAGUUAUCACCUUGAGAGGUCAGAACCUGGCCUCACGCUGAGACCGUCGGAGAUGACAGCUCCCAAACCGCCCUCAUCACCGAUGAGGAUGACGACCUUCCGGGCGACCCUCAUCUUCCCGCUCCUUGCUCUAACCCUGUACCGAGCUCAACGAGGAUGGAGAGGAGGAAUCUGAAAAAUAUAAGCCAAAAAGAGAAUCAAUAACCGAGAUCUCCCUAAGGUAACCAACCAGAUGAUGCCACGAACCCAGCCUGGCGUCCAUUGGGAGAUCGGACGGUGGGAGGCGCCCCUAUGCGUUGUUUUAUUAAUUUUUUUGACCAUUCUUGGGAAUUGAAUAAUUAAUCGGCACACUGAUCAUGUCUCCUUUUUCGUCUUAAAAUCUUAUGAAAUUAAGUUUAAAUAAAAUUGUCGAAAAAUUGAAUUCUAAAAGUAGAAUAAAACUCCUUAUUUGCGACUACCCCAUAGUGACCCACAUGCCAAUCAUCUCCCCCUCUCUCUCCCUCUCUCUCUCUCUCUCUCUCUCUCUCUCUCUCCCCCUCUUUCUCUCUCUCUCUCUCUCUCUCGCUCGCUCUCUCUCUCCCACACACACACACAUUGGAAUGGUCUGCGGAAUUGGGGUCAGAUUGGCUACAUAUAAUGGAUGAAUAGGAAAAAAAAAAGAAUUAUGCGUCUUUAUCCAAACUAAUUGCCUAAUAGGUAAUGAGAAAGGAAAAAUGGAACCAAAUAUAAUCAAGUGCAUAAGAUUGAAGGCAUAUUUUUGCAAAAUAGUGAUUAUGCCUCUUUAUCCUUAAAUUAAAAUUGAUAGAAAAUGAAUAAGGAAAAAAUGUGAUCACAAAAAAUCCAAUACAUAACGUUUGAGACAGAUAAAAUGUCCAAAUAGACUAUAGAAGGCCACUCAUUUUGCAAUCUUUCUUAUAAAAUCAUAUGUUUUAAAAGUUAUGGGUAGUUUUAAUAAUUCACACCAUUAUUACUGAAAAAUACUAUACAUUAUGUUAUGACUUGUGUGCACCCUAUGUUAGUCAUUGGAGACUUAUUUGCGGCUUAUUUCAUUGUAACAUUAAAUUUCUUUGUAGAGACAUAAGAGAAAGUCUAUAUCAUAAUAGGGACGAAAUUGAACUGCAAUAUUUUUUGUGUCAGAAAUUUGAUUUUAUCACCCAUAACUCUUUUUGAAGUAGGUCAAUAAUGUACUAAUUUUAAAAUAAUAAAUAUAGUUUAACUAUUUUAUCUAUCUUCAUAUUGUCGGUGGUGGCAUUAAUUGCAUUACACUCUAGGAAAUUGAAUGUUUUUUAGAAAACCCAAUUUUUAAACACAAUAUUGCUACAUUAAAAUUGUAUUUUUUAAAGUAUUCAAGAGAUUAUUAUAUGCACACGCAAAAAAAUUCUUUUUUCCUUCUGAUGCAAAGUCUUGAUGUUGCAAAAUAUUCUUGUAACCUUAAGGAGGUGAUGGACUAAUGAGGAUGCCAUCCAAGACUUGGGAGCUACAAGAUAAUAAAGCAAAUGUUGGAUAAUUUGGUGACAAGGCAUGCAAGAGGGUUCCAACAUUUGAGCCCCAGAUUGAAGAUCAUACAGCUUAGGAGAUGGUGAAUAGGCUUGGUGGCAUCAAGGUGCAAGAAGGAGAGAAAAUGUUGCAUUGCUUCAUUAACAGUUAAGUGACAUUACUGAGAAUCUUAAGACCUAUAUUGGUACGAAUCACGGCUCCAAAAUCGGGUAGUUAAAGGUAAAUUCCAGUUGGGCAGCAGUCAGGUAACCGUUUUGGGGGUCCUAAGCUGUAUAAGUUUCCAGGAAUAUUACUCACACUGUCAUGCCGCACAACCAUUUGCUAGCACAAGAUUAUCUCCUUCAUCCAGUACACCAGCCGGUAGGUGCCAUCGUGAGCCAUUGAUUUGGACAAGUGGUGUUGCCCUAGGAGCUUUAUGUCUAAGUAAAGGUGAUGACAACUUGGGGAGGGCCAAGAAGUCAGAGUGACUGUUUCAAACAUCAACUGGGGAAGUGGCGAGCAGUGAAGUCUCCAGUGGGUAUUUCUUAACUAUGACCACACUCCAGCUCCAUAGAGUUGGGGUAGAACCGGGAAGCCAUGCAGAACACGAAGGAUUAUUUUUCAGUCCCCUCAAACCGUCUAGCUACGCAACUGACUGCGUAUGACGUCAAGAAUGUCUCCUUCGUGUUGUAUUAAGUGGGUUACGAGUGACUGUGCACGAUGUAUUGAUAAAAGCAGUGCUAGCUUCAGAUCUCUCAACAGCUUGGGGGGAUCUCGGAUGACUGUUUGAGAAGGAUAAGGUGUUGAGAACUAAGAAGCCAAAGUAACUGAUUCAUAUGCAAGCUAACGAGGUGGAGGAGGAUGGAUCAUCGGGCGUUUUCUUGUGUAGAACACACUCGAGCUCCAUUGAGAUCUUUCAGGAGAGUUAGCAGUAAAUGGGGUACAACUCAUCUGCCAGGUCCGGUGAUCCAUGACAAGUUUUAGAAUGUACUUAAAGCAGCACGUAUAAAUUUUCUAUUUAAUGAAUACUAUCCUGAUAUUUAAAUGAAUACAUGAAUCAUAUCCGUGGAUUUGUAAUUUUCAUAAUUACUGCCGAAGUAGAGACUGGGUGGAGAAGUAUUAAAGUCAAAAAUUCAACGGUGGCAGGCAGCAUUUACUCCUGGGGCCCUAGUUCUGUUUAACCAGGUGGAACAAUUGUACAGGGGUUUCACAUGCUGCCAUGUCGAUUGAUUGGACACCCUACAUGAUUACAAGCAUUCUCUCCGUUGGGUGCAAUUUCUUCAUUUCUGCUAACGCUUGCCAGGGCGAUCUUCACCGUGCUCUCCUACGAGGAGUCCACUUUGACACAAACUCGACCCUUUGCUUAACAACUGUGCUGCUGAGGUCCCCUUCAAGGAGAUCGAUUUGCGGUCAACCUGUUGAGGACAGAUCAAUGAAAUAAUCGGGAUCUGAUCAUCGUGCCCAAAAGUUUCCGAUCUGAUUUUAAGGGGAUUUCAAUAGAAGAGUUGUUCAGUUGGAUCCCCCUUGUCUGUCGCCGUUUGCACUGUCAUCAACGUUGCUGCCACAGUCCCGGGGUCACCCUGGUGGCUUUGCAAAGUCCUUUCUGUCUACUAUUUCGAGGACCGCAGGCACUAAUCCGCGGCUACUGCAGGUCGUCGUUGCCGAUAAUUUCAUCAUGUGAUACUUUACUAAAGUGAUAUAUCAUUAAAAAAAAAAAAUUAAAUUCCAUCCCAAAUUAAUCUAAUCCUCUACACUUUUAAAUACCUUAUUUGGGUCUUUUUCUCGACCAAAUUAGGAUUUUGUACAGAAUGUUUGAUCUGAAGCUCGAUCUAAUCCUGUACAUCUUAGGUCCUGUAUGCUCUUGGAAGAGGAGGUAGAAAGAACCAUUGAUGCAUCAUAUUCCGCGCUCCUCUUGUUUCUUAGAAUCUACCAAUUUUAAUUGAUUUCACAUGAAUAUUGCUAUAUUAGAUCGGACUCAAUGCCGGGUGGGGCCUGCCCUUGACCUAAAGGUCCGAAUCUUUACGGUGAGUUAUUCACUUGCAUUCAAAUAUUAGGAGCCUUCUAUUUAUUUCGCUGACCCGGAUGAGAUCCUUCAGCGAGAUCAACCUGUACUUUUCCUCCUCACUCUCAUAAUCUUAACUAUACGUCCGGGUGGGAAGAUUUAAGGGCAGACAUCGGUGGUCAGCGUUUAAGACACGUGUCUUCGUGAAGCAUUUUUUAUUUCAUAUAGUUUUGAAAAUAAGCACUGCACUUUGUGCGAAGCCACAGCACCGAGGCAUCUUCAAUUGGCAAUCCAGCUCAAGAAGGAUUGGACAAUGACUUGUGCGGAGCAGUUUGUGAUACUUUCCAAGAGAACUUUUAGAGAGAGAUGCUCAGAUUACUUAGACAAGCUUAGACUGCUUCAAGCUAUUGGCGUUGCAGUUCUCUUAGGCCUCCUUUGGUGGAAAUCCAAGAUAGAAACUGAAGCCCAGCUUAGAGAUCAGGUGACAAACACUAAAUCUCUCUCUGACCCUUUUACUCUUAAUUUCGAAGCUUCUUGAGUUUACAAUGCCCAAUGUUCUACAUUCCGAAGUUUCCUCUGAUUCUUCAAUCGCUCGGAAAUUUGACUUCUUUCAAGUACCUAUAGUUGCGAAUACUUUCCGUAUCAUAUCAGAAUAUCAUUUCAACCAGAGGGAUGCUGGGAUGGAGCAUUGGACUUAUGAUCAGAUUCGCUGUUUCAAAUGUAUCGAUAAUUGAUCGGUAAGAAAUUUGGAUCGAUGGUGCCAAUCUCAAUCAGACCUCGGAUCGAUUAAGGAUUUUACCUCAUAAAUGCCCUAAACUCUCAUUGGAUACGAACACACAAAUAUGAUUUGUGGAAUUAGACCAGGUUGUAUGUUUCUCGAUUUAAUACUCUAAAAGUCGUUAUUUUUGUCUCGAUUUUGACAUCGGAUAUUAGAGAACUAUGGUGCUCGUCUUAAUAGAAGUCUAUGUCUGGCGGUAUUAGCCAAUGCAAUUAGUCUUCAUAAGACUAUCGUAAACUCCCAUCGAUCAAACUUUAUUGAAGGUAAACUUCUCCUUAGGCCGAUUAUUAUGUCUCUAAAACCGUCAUCAAAAUCAAUUUUCCUGAAGGUUCAAGAGAUCCAUACCUUAGAGGAAGUGUGGUCAGCUGCGGAAAUCUUUUAUAACAUGUCAUGACGAUCUAAAUGGGCGGAAAUGGGAGGGCUGUCUUGCUGACCCUUUGCUGUUUUGAGUGAAGAACAGAGAUAGCAGGACGUCUAGUAGAUCUAAUAUUUCGCCACUUUUAUUCCUCCGUACUUCUUUUGGAAAGAGCCUUUUGUCAGAUCACCAUUUCCUCAAUCUGGAAUAAGAUUUGUAAUUGAUAAAAUCCCUACUGAGUACGGAUACGGACUAAAUCCCACUAUUUAUUCUAUCUCUGGAUCUGAGGACCUCCCUCUUCUUGAUUCAGAUAGGUCUGAUGUUCUACAUCUGCAUAUUCUGGACGUCAGCAUCCCUCUUUGGGGCGGUGUACGUCUUCCCGUAUGAGAAGUCAUACCUUGUGAAGGAGAGGAAGGCGGACAUGUACAGGCUCAGUGUGUACUACGUGUGCAGUACCCUCUGCGACAUGGUGGCUCACGUUUUCUACCCCACUAUCUUCAUGGUCAUCAUCUACUUCAUGGCUGACUUCAAGAGGACCGUUCCUUGCUUCUUCUCGAUGUUAGCAUCGGUGCUCCUUAUUGUGAUCACAAGCCAGGUAAAAUCUGAAUUAGGUCUUUGCUCUAUUUAUUCUCAAUCCGUUCUUCCAUGUGAAGGUGAUUUAGGGUUUGAGAAUAGGUCACAAAAAGAGUGUCCGAGGUGUUUUUAUCCCCGAAUAUGGUUUACGGUUAGUAGCUUAUGAUUUUACAUCUGUAAACGACUUCAUUUCAGUAAAAUCCUCCGCAUUUGAUCUCCUUUUACCUGCCCGGGAUGGCGAUUAUGGUUUAAAAAGAGUGCUGAAAGUGACCUUAUAUCUGGACAUGUUUAGGGUUUAAGGUCCAAGGUUUACCUCUGUGUGGACUUUAUGUUGAGAAGAUCCUGUACCAUUAUCUCUGCUCAUCUUUUUAGGGUCUGGGCUUUGAGGUGGUGGCCGCAGGCUAAGUUUGCAAUCCUUGAGAUGUCUCAUGAAUCUGUUUGGCCAGUUCAAAAUUAGCAAAUUUAUACGAAAAGAUCACGAUGCCCUUUGACUUGAUCCCCAUGCCCAGGGAGCUGGGGAGCUCUUCGGUGCCGCCAUUCUCAGCAUAAAGAGAGCCGGGCUCAUGGCCUCCCUGGUCCUCAUGCUCUUCAUCCUCACCGGCGGCUACUACGUUCAGGUGAUCCCUUCAUCUCCUCCUCCCAACCAGUUAUUCCCAGAAUCCAAACGGGCCCUCCGAUGGCGUUUCUUCUGUUUUCCGUUCACGCAGCACAUCCCCAUCUUCAUGCGGUGGCUCAAGUACGUCUCCUUCAUGCACUUCGGCUUCCGGCUCAUGCUGAAGGCGCAGUACUCCGGCGACGAGCCGUACGAGUGCGGGGGUCCGGGGGGCUGCCGGCGAUUGCAGAGCUCGCCGUCGUUCGACACCGUGAACCUCGCCGGCGGCGUGGAGGAGGUGUGGAUUCUCCUGGCCAUGGCGCUGGCCUACCGCCUGCUGGCCUUCUUCUGCCUCCGCCGGAGGAUAAGCGCCGCGCCCUGUUGAUGUAUGUAUGGCUGCCGCCAUGAAAACCGCCCGACUGCUAAUAUAAGGCGUUACCAACGGAAUCAUGUCGUAUAUUUCUCACAACAUCAUGACAAAACCACCCGUGCGACUGCUAAAGAAGACUGUUGGUAUAUAUCUCACAUGGUUUCCGUCUGAUGACGAAAUCAUGUCACAUAUUUCUCACAAAAUCAUGACCAAACCAGUCAUACGACCGCUAAUGAAGACUCUUCAUAAAUGGCUGUUGACGUAUUUUUCACAUGCUUUUCAUCUAAAGACAAACUCAUGUCGUAUAUUUCUCACAAUAUCAAGAAAAUACCAGCCAACUCAUAAUGAAGAGUGUUGAUAUACUUCUCACAUAUUUUGCAUCUGAUUACAAAAUUAUGUCAUAUAUUUUUUUUUCAUAAAAUCUUGACCAAACCAGCGGUACGACUGCUAAUGAAGAAUGUUGAUAUACUUCUCAUAUACUUUCCUUCUUAUGACAAAAUCAUGUCAUAUAUUUUUUUUUCAUAAAAUCUUGACCAAACUAGUAGUACGACUGCUAAUGAAGAAUGUUGAUAUACUUCUCACAUACUUUACUUAUGAUUACAAAAUCAUGUCAUAUAUAUUUUUUUUCAUAAAAUCUUGACAAAACCAACGUUAUGACUGCUAAUAAAGAAUGUUGAUAUACUUCUCACAUACUUUGCUUCUGAUUAAAAAAUCAUGCCAUACAUUUUCUUUUUCAUAAAAUCUUGACCAAACCAGCCGUACGACUACUAAUGAAGAAUGUUGAUAUACUUUUUACAUACUUUGCUUCUGAUUACAAAAUCAUGUCAUAUAUUUUUCUUUCAUAAAAUCUUGACCAAAGCAGCGGUACGACUGCUAAUGAAGAAUGUUGAUAUACUUCUCACAUACUUUUCUUUCGAUGAAAAAAUCAUGUCAUAUAUUUUUUUUUCAUAAAAUAUUAUCCAAACUAGCCGUACGACUACUAAUGAAGAAUGUUGAUAUACUUUUCACAUACUUUGCUUCUGAUUACAAAAUCAUGUCAUAUAUUUUAUUUUCAUAAAACCUUGACCAAACCAGCAGUAUGACUACUAAUGAAGAAUGUUGAUAUACGUCUCACAUACUUUACUUCGGAUGACAAAAUCAUGUCAUAUAUUUAUUUUUCAUAAAAUCUUGAUCAAACCAGCGAUACGAUUGCUAAUGAAAAAUGGUGAUAUACUUUUUACAUACUUUGCUUCUAAUUACAAAAUCAUGUCAUAUAUUUUUUUUUCAUAAAAUCUUGACCAAACCAGCAAUACAACUACUAAUGAAGAAUGUUGAUAUACUUCUCACAUACUUUGCUUAUAAUUACAAAAUCAUGUCAUAUAUUUUUUUUUUCAUAAAAUCUUGACCAAACCAACGAUACGACUACUAAUGAAGAAUGUUGAUAUACUUCUCACAUACUUUGCUUCCGAUUAGAAAAUCAUGUCAUAUAUUUGUUUUUCAUAAAAUCUUGAUCAAACCAAUAGUACGACUGCUAAUGAAGAAUGUUGAUAUACUUCUCACAUACUUUACUUCUGAUUACAAAAUCAUGCCAUACAUUUUUUUUUCAUAAAAUCUUGACCAAACCAGCCAUAUGACUAUUAAUCAAGAAUGUUGAUAUACUUUUUACAUACUUUGCUUCUGAUUACAAAAUCAUGUCAUAUAUUUUUUUUCAUAAAAUCUUGACCAAACGAGCGGUAUGACUACUAAUGAAGAAUGUUGAUAUACUUCUCACAUACUUUGCUUUUGAUGACAAAAUCAUGUCAUAUAUUUUUUUUUCAUAAAAUCUUUGACCAAACCAGCAAUAUGACUACUAAUCAAGAAUGUUGAUUUACUUCUCACAUACUUUGCUUCUAAUUAGAAAAUUAUGUCAUAUAUAUUUUUUUCAUAAAAUCUUGACCAAACCAGCGGUACGACUGGUAAUGAAGAAUGUUGAUAUACUUCUCACAUACUUUUCUUUUGAUUACAAAAUUAUGUCAUAUUUUUUUUUUCAUAAAAUCUUGACCAAACCAGCGAUACGACUACUAAUGAAGAAUGCUGAUAUACUUCUCACAUACUUUCCUUCCGAAUACAAAAUCAUGUCAUAGAUUUUUUUUUCAUAAAAUCAUGACCAAACCAGUGGUAUGACUACUAAUGAAGAAUGUUGAUAUACUUCUCACAUGCUUUCUUUUGAUUACAAAAUCAUGUCAUAUAUUUUGUUUUUCUUAAAAUCAUGACCAAACUAGCAGUACAACUGCUAAUGAAGAAUGUUGAUAUACUUCUCAGAUACUUUGCUUCCGAAUACAAAAUCAUGUCAUAUAUUUUUUUUUUCAUAAAAUCAUGACCAAACCAAUGGUAUGACUACUAAUGAAGAAUGUUGAUAUACUUCUCACAUACUUUGCAUCCGAUUACAAAAUCAUGUUAUAGAUUUUUUUUUCAUAAAAUCAUAACCAAGCUAGCGGUACGACUGCUAAUGAAGAAUGUUGAUAUACUUCUCACAUACUUUGCUUCCGAUGACAAAAAUAUGUCAUAUAUUUGUUUUUCAUAAAAUCUUGACCAAACCAGCGGUACGACUACUAAUAAAGAUCAUUCUCUUUAUUUUGUGGCAUAUGGGGGUAAUUAUGAAAUCCAAUUUAAAGUAUCUAUGAGUGGUAAAAUUUUACAUAACAAGGGUGAAAAACCAUGUCAUAUAUUUCUCACAAAAGCUUGACCAAACCAGCCGUAUGACUACUAAUAAAGACCAUUCUCUUUAUUUUACGUGGCAUGAAAUCCAAUUUGAAGUAUCUAUGAAAUCAUUUGUUGUUAGUGCCAUAGCCUGACAUGUACUAUGAGUGGUAAAAUUGUUACGUAAUAAGGGUGAAAAAUAAUUAGGAAAGAGGGAUCAGCUCUUUCUUGAUUAUUUGAACUCUCAUCCUAGCUAGUUCUUUUAUUGCAAUGUUUUUGUAGACGUACCAUUUCAUUUUUGUGAACGUUUCAAUUAUUUGUUAAAUUUUCACGGAUUAAAGUUUAUUUUUACUUGUUUCUUGAACAGGUAUUAUGGGUUGGCUUUGAUAAGAUACAAAUUAGUUCUACUUGCUUCAGGCAUGCUUUGCUACUUGGCUAUGCCAAUGGCUUUCAAGUUCUUGAUGUCGAGGAUGCAUCAAAUCUCCAUGAGCUGGCCUCAAAGCGUGAUGGUCCAGUCACCUUCUUACAGGUGCUACCAGUCCCAGCUAGGUCCGAUGGUACUGACGGAUUUACAACAUCCCAUCCUUUGUUGUUGCUUGUUGCAGGUUUAGAAACCAAUGGUUCGAAUAUGGCCCAAGGUAGCCACUUGAGUGCAUUGGUAAGGGAGACCAGUAAUGCUCCUCAGCAAGUGGAUUGCAUCUCCACCCCAACUGUAGUUCGAUUUUUCUCAUCAAGGUCUCACAGCUAUGUGCAUGUUCUAAGGAUUCGAUCGCCUGUUUACAUUGCUCGGUGCAGUCCUCGAGUGGUUGUUGUGGCUCUUGCAGCACAAGUAAGCAGUGAAUGAUCUACAUACCAUCAAAACAUAUAGAUUAUAACUGGCGUUCGCAUUAUGUUUUGGGAUUUAACCUAAAUAGUUGAUUUUUGUAUGGGGCACUGAUGUAUUGCUUUUUAUGACAGAUAUAUUGUUUUGAUGCUGUGACACUCGAAAUAAAUUCAGUGUUCUUACUUAUCCAAUGCAAGGACCAGUAGGGACAAAUGUUGCCCUUUGUCCAAUUGCUGUUGGUCCGAGAUGGUUAGCUUAUGCUUCCAACAAUCCUCUCUGGCCAAAUUCAGGACGCCUGAGCACUCAAAAUCUUACAACCUCUCCUGGUGUUAGCCCACCAACGUCACCUAGCAGUGGAAGCUUAGUUGCUCGUUAUGCAGUGGAGUACAGUAAACAGUUGAGCGGAUGGAAUUAUCAAUUUGGACGACAUGGGAUACAAAAAUUUCUCCAAAGAUUAUCAGGAUCUUUUACCCGAUGGAUCCAACUCCCCUACAUCAUCAAGUUUUGGCAGGAAAACUGGUAGACUUGGAUCUGCGACGCAGCUGAAUGAAGUAGAUAAUGCGGGAAUGGUAAAUCAUGUCACCUGUACCUUUCAGUCGAAAUCUUUUCCACCAGAUGCACAUCACUGGCCCUUUCCAACGAUUUUGAUAUCUUGUUACUCUUGACUCUUUCCGAUAUCUGCACUAUGUUUUGAUCCUAGUAGUACUCUUUUGGUGACUGCUUCUGCGCACGGGAACAAUAUAAAUGUCUUCCAGAUAAUGCCAAACUGUGUACCAAAUGGUACAAGCUCCUCUUACUAUGAUUGGGCUACAUCGCACGCCCAUCUAUACAAGCUAUAUCGUGGGAUAUCAACAGCUGUAAGAAUCAAUAUUUUGUAAUAUCGUAUGGUUUAGCUUUUUAUUCCCAAUCAUUAUUUAAAUAUCUGCAUAAUUUUCUGUUCCAGGUCAUUGAGGACAUCUGUUUUAGCCAUUAUAGUCAGUGGAUUGCAGCUGUUUCAUCCUAUGGAACAUGUGAUAUCUGUGUCUUGUCUCCUUUGGUGGUAGUGCUGUCCUCCAGACACAGACUUCUCACAGUGAUGGACCUUCACUUGUGUCUACUCUCUCAAGGCCGUGGUGAUCUACCUCAACAAACACGAAGGACCACCAGGUCCUUCCUCCUCCACCUGUUGCACUUUCAGUAGUCAGCAGUAUAAAGGAUGGAAAUUCCGGGUCGCUUAAUACGGUGAGCAGUAUAGCAGCUUCUGCAGCUGGAAAGGCACCUGCACCAUCCGGUGCUGUUGCCGCUGUCUUCCACAGGUCUGUGGAUCAUGAUUCUCGGUCAGCUAAUUCGAAGGCUAAGGCUUUGGAGCACCUUUUAGUACUCUCCUUCAGGCCAUCUGGUUCAACAUGGACCAUUACCUUCCUCAGUUGCAGAGUCAUGUGACAGCAAUUCAAAAACAGGAUCUGGCCCCUUUUUUCAGGCUAAAGAUGAAGAACUGCGGGUGAAUGCUGUACCAGUUCAAGGGUGGGAUGUAUGUAGAAGCUUGAUUUGGCCGCUGAAAGAAAAUAAUACAUUUCUAGCGCUAGAUGUGAUUGUGAAGAGCAUGCGGAAGUGCUCGUGGAUAUCACUCAUUGCGAGGAUACUGGCCAAAAACUCCUCCUCCUCUCCUAGCAGUGCUGCUUGUAAGGAUUUUGUGAGAACUCAUGAAAAAUUUCACUGGUACUUGUCAAAUCCGAAAGUCCUUGUUAGCUCCGGGGGGGUACAAAUAUGGCAGAAAUUCGAGGUACUCUACGGAAAUUGAACUGUCUAUAAGAUGUUUUCAUAACUUUUGUGGAUGAAUAUGUUUCAUUUUCUUUGACAGAUCCAAUUCUAUUCUAUGGAUCGUCAAAGCAGCGAAAGAUUCACCUGUGAUUCACCUGUUGAGAAAUUGAAAUUGAAAAUAGUUCUGUUGUGAGGUUGAAACAAAGAGGAAGGAUCUACUUCCUGUUUUUGGCCAUCGAAGGUACGCUAAUCCUAUCGAUGGCGUGAUCCUCUCUGUAAUCACAAUCUUCUCUUGGAAUUUUUUGGGUAACUGAGACUAGCAUUCCAUAUCCGCUGUGGAAUUCAUAACGUAACAUUUGUACUGAAAACAUGUCGUUGUCUGGAUGAAAUAUGUUGUGGUGCUGACGCUAGCUUAUGGCUGUGUCAUCCUUAGAGUACCCAAAUAUCAUUCAUGCAAGACAAAUCGGUUAAUUCCUUUUAAGGUUUCCUUUAUUUUUUUCCGGAAGAAUAUUAUCAGUAUUUCUUUUUAAAAAAAUUAAAUGUCAUCAGUAUGACCCUUGUGAGCCAUGAAUUGGAUUUUUUCUCUUUCAUGUGGCUCAAAAAAAAUGCAAGUUUUAUCAGUCUGAUCACUGAGUUGGAUUUGUUAAACCGUGUCAUACAGACGACUUCCAUUCCGCCAACCAUUCAGUAUUUUACAAGGCCUGGGAAAACUAGCUCUAAAGAUGUGUGAGGCGUUUUGGGAUCUGCUGGCCUAGGCAAUAUGAUUUUUGUGAUUCAGUGGUUAGUUGAUAUUAUUGAUCUAUGAUUGGAUCCAGGCAAUCAGGAAGACUUGAUGUUGGGUCAGCCAGGAACCUCAAAAAAUACAAAAUGUUUCUAGAAAUUACGACUUAUUUAUGUUAUUUAGAAGAUGAAGAAUUUAUAAUAUAUAUAUAUAUAUUAUUCUACUGCAAAUUAAUAAUGCCAGCAUCAAAUGUGGUCGAAUUAGAGAGCAGUGAGCUGGAGAGUGGCCAUGGUUGAACAACAGAGGUGAAUGGCAAAUGAAGAUGGGUGUGGAAGAGGACUUGAUUGUCAGUUUGAGUAUGUGCAGAGAAGUGAAUUUCAGCCAGUCCAUUACUACCAGGGCGAAUUAGAAUGGUGUUGGUGCUGGUUUGAUUUGGUUGAAAUAUACACCAGAUUUUUUUUCUUUAAAAUAAAAUUUACUAUAAAAAAGGAUUAUAAGACUUUUCUAGUCUUCACUUCCUUUACUGAUUAGGGAGAGUGAAAGGGUUACCACAGCAAUUGAGAAGACAAGUUUUUUGGUCCCUUGGUCUUGUCGUUAUGAAGAAAAUAAGUUUCUCCUGGCCUCUUCACUCCCCCAGUCUCCACAUGCUGCUUGGAUGUGAGGGUAGUGAAAAGAAUGAAGAAGACGAUUAAAAAGCUGAGAGUAGGAAAACCUGUGUACAUUAAAGGCCAUGGCAGCCAUCUUCGCCUAAAUAAGUCUCAUUUAAUGAGAUUGAACGGUUAAAUAUAUACUCAAAGCUUUGAAUGGAAAUUCUUAUGAUAGAAAGAAAUAUUCUACUUGUGUGGUUGGUUUUCAUAUACCAUUUGACCUGGUUGGAUCCUUGAUCAUUUAAUGUACCGACCUUCUCUUUUUUUUUUCUUAGAGCCAAGAGUUCUGUGGGUCUUUCAGUAUUUGGCACAGAUUGGUUCAUGGAACUUAGAUGGUCCGUAAACUUUUCAUUCCUUUUUCUUUUCAAACCAAACUAAUAAUACCACGCGUGCACCUCUUAUAGAUUCAGCGACAGGUUUCUGGAUUCUGCUGAAUCAUUCAUUCACUGUGUGCCAGCCGAUAAAUUUGAGGCCGCGGUUGGUUCUUGUUGAUGAAAAUCUUUGAUGGGUUCAGUCAAUCAGUCUGUUCCAGAUUUUUCUCGCUAUGAUUCGUAUCGUUUUCUUCUAUUCUUGUUUGCCAACCGAUUUCAUUAUCUGCUAUUUAUAGAAAAUUGCCCAAAAUCUAAUCAUAUCAGAGAAGGAGAGUGA